AUGUCCGAGACAGGUUCAGGGAACACUCCCUACGUUGAGGAUCUCAAGUCUGCCCUGAGCAAACGUGGCGUUGACGUUCAUAUCGGCAUUCUACCGCAUACACUAAUUCCGGAGAUCAUAGACAUAUUGGCUGAGGUCAAGCGCCUCGAAAUCGACUGCAUGGUAAAGUUAGGUGCGGGAAGUAUUAUGGAUGGAGGCAAGCUUAUACAAUUUGCUAUUGCAAAUGGUUGGACUGAAGACGAGAUCGGUAUGCUUUGGGGCGGUAAAUCGCAUAAUCCUAACAAGUGGAAGGAUAUUAAGAAGCCUAGGGUCCCGCUAAUGUGCAUCAUGACUUUGCUUUCUGGGGGUGAAUACCAGGCUAUCGCUGGAGCGACAGGUUCAAAGAACAAAGCCAAGCAUAUUUUUGAGCCAGAUCACAAAAGAUCUGACUCAACACUGAUAUCCGCUCUGUUGACCACUGCGUUGAGACGCUGUGCUCGAGCCUCGCUGCAGAGUGGCGACGAUGGCGGUGCAUGGGCAGCAAGAGGCUUGGAGAAGUUGGUCUCUGAGCUUCUACGACGUAAAUAUGACCCCAGAGAUCUUGGGGAUAUUCUUGAUCUGAUCAUCGGGAUUCAGAAACGCCGCGGACUUUGA